GCUAUCGUACUUCGCCAGCUACCGCACCUGGAGCCCGAGUUGCAUUACUAGUUUCGUCUCGGCCUUUCUUGGGUUCGGUCAACUCCCGAUCCCGAACUCGGACGCCACCCGAACGCCUCACUUGCUUCUUCUUGUAUCCGGCGAAGAACCUCGGCAUUCAGGGCCAAGAGCUGCCACUGUCUCACUCCGCCCCGGCUCUUGCGUGGGUCAGGCCCCUGCCAUACUAUAGCUACACUACCCUUUUCCCUUCCUUGAAUAUCUUGCCCUUUCUUUUCUCCUUCUCUCACCAUGCCUCCCGCGAUCGCAACGGCCCUCCGAGCCUCCCUUAGACAACCUACUCUCUCCCGAACCGCCUUCCGUACCAACGCCCCCUCCGUCCUAUCUUUCUCCCGACCGACCCCGGUUAUCAUCUUCCGCGGCCGAACCAUGGCGUCCACUUCGGGUCCGGCCAAGAUCAAGGUCAAGAACCCCGUCGUCGAGCUAGACGGCGAUGAGAUGACCCGUGUCAUCUGGAAGGAUAUCAAGGAAAAGUUCAUCUUCCCCUACCUCGACGUCGACAUCAAGUACUACGACUUGGGCCUCGAGUACCGCGAUGAGACGAACGACCAGGUCACCCUCGAUGCCGCCGAGGCGAUCAAGAAGUACUCGGUCGGUGUCAAGUGUGCCACUAUCACCCCCGACGAGGCGAGAGUGGAGGAGUUCAAGCUCAAGAAGAUGUGGCUAUCGCCCAAUGGUACCAUCCGUAACGCCCUUGGUGGCACGGUCUUCCGUGAGCCCAUUGUCAUUCCCCGCAUCCCUCGUCUAGUCCCUGGAUGGAAGAAGCCUAUCAUCAUCGGCCGCCACGCUUUUGGCGACCAGUACCGGGCGAAGGACUUGGUCGCUCCUGGUCCCGGAAAGCUCUCCAUGGUCUACACCCCCGAUGGUGGCGAGCCCCAGGAGAUCGAGGUCUACCAGUUCAAGAACGGCGGUGGUGUCGCCCAGACGCAGUACAACACUGACGAGAGCAUUACCGGCUUCGCCCACGCGAGCUUCAAGCUGGCCCUAGACAAGGAACUGCCUCUGUACAUGAGCACGAAGAACACUAUUCUCAAGAAGUACGAUGGCCGCUUCAAGGACAUCUUCCAGGAGCUGUACGAUACUCAGUACAAGGAGAAAUUCGAGGCCAAGAAGAUCUGGUACGAGCACCGCCUGAUCGACGAUAUGGUUGCCCAGAUGAUCAAGAGCAGUGGAGGCUAUAUCAUGGCCCUGAAGAACUACGAUGGUGACGUUCAGUCCGAUAUCGUCGCCCAGGGCUUCGGUUCCCUCGGCCUGAUGACCUCUGUCCUCAUCACCCCCGACGGCAAGACCUUCGAGAGCGAGGCCGCCCACGGCACCGUGACGCGCCACUACCGCGAGCACCAGAAGGGCCGCGAGACGUCGACCAACCCCAUCGCCAGCAUCUUCGCCUGGACCAGGGGACUGAUCCAGCGCGGCAAGCUCGACGACACCCCCCAGGUUGUGGCGUUCGCCGAGAGCCUGGAGAAGGCCUGCAUUGACACUGUGGACGUUGACGGAAUCAUGACCAAGGACCUCGCGCUUGCGUGCGGCAAGUCGGCGCGGGAGGACUACGUCACCACGACCGAGUAUCUGGUCGCUGUGGAGCGGAGGAUGAAGAAGAUCCUCAAGGAGAAGCUGUGAGGGGUGGCAUCAUUAGACUAGACAGACGUGCAUACGCUGGGAGCUUUCCUUGGUGUGAUAAAGAGCAGACGCAAGAUACCUUGGAGCGAUAGAUAUUGGGGGGGAUGAUUGCAGUUUCUGCUAGAGCGGCGCUCUGUUCAUAUCAUACGCGCCUCCCGCACAUACGAAAGCAUCUGUAGAUAGAGCAGCAUAGCAUUCGUCCUUUGUAGGCAAAACAUAUCGUCUCAUAAAGCAAUACUCGUCUCUCGCCCAUGACUGACUAAAUAAUAUGGAAGGAGAAGAACAACCUGAGAACCCGCCCGCGCUGACGCACACCAAGUUUUG